CCUUAACCGCGUUAUCAGACACACGGACACGGUGAAUAAGAUUUCGAUCUUUCCAUUUUCCGCUCUUCUCCACCGCGCCGGAAAAUCCCAAACCCAACUAGAAAACUGUAGUCCCCACCUCCUCCGCUGCAAUUUAGUUGCUGCCAAAAGAAAUUAUACAUACACAAAUACGUAUAACCGAAACCGCACCACCUUUACCAACACACUCUUCACGCACUGAGCGUUUCAUGCCUCCUCUCGCACCGCACACAAUCGCGCGGGUACGUCAGUUUCUCCGUGUCCAGAUCUGAUAUAAGAGGAAAUUGUGAGUGAUUUUGGUCCGAGUAGAUUGUUUAAUCAGGCGCUCCUUGGGCGGCGCGUGGAGAAAUGGAGUGCAUAGACAAUUUGCCACCCAUGGAUCUGAUGCGCUCCGAGAAGAUGGUGCUUGUACAGCUCAUUAUCCCCGUCGAGUCGGCUCACCGCGCCGUCUCUUAUCUCGGCGAACUCGGUCUCCUGCAAUUCCGCGACUUAAAUGAUGACAAAAGCCCUUUCCAGCGAACGUUUGUCAAUCAGGUUAAAAGAUGUGCUGAGAUGGCUAGGAAACUACGGUUUAUCAAAGAUCACAUACACAAAGCUGGUCUGAUACCAUCUCCUGAUCCAGCUUCGGAACCUGAUAUUGAGUUGGAAGAAUUGGAGAUUCAACUUGCAGAGCAUGAACAUGGGCUAAUUGAAAUGAAUGCCAAUAGUGAGCAUCUGCAGCAAGCAUAUAAUGAGCUGCUUGAGUUCAAGAUGGUGUUGCAUAAGGCAGGUGACUUUCUAUCGUCGAAUGGGAGUCCAGUUGCAGCUCAGGAGACAGAACUAGAUGAGAAUGUCCAUAUAAGUGAUGAUUAUGCGGAUACAUCAUCACUCCUCGAACAGGAGCUGCAACCUGGACCAUCAAAUCAAUCUGGUGUGAGAUUUAUAAGUGGUGUUAUCUGUAAAUCUAAAAUCCUGAGGUUUGAGAGGAUGUUAUUUCGUACAACUAGGGGCAAUAUGCUUUUUAAUCAGGCAUCAGCUGAUGAUCAAAUCCUGGAUCCUGCGUCAAAUGAAAUGGUUGAGAAAACAGUUUUUGUUGUAUUCUUCUCAAGUGAGCAGGUGAGGAUAAAGAUCCUGAAAAUUUGUGAAGCAUUUGGUGCAAAUUGUUAUCCAGUUCCGGAAGAGGCAACCAAGCGAAGGCAAAUAAGUCGAGAAGUUUUAUCACACUUGUCUGAGUUGGAAACAACCUUAGAGGCUGGCCUCCAGCAUCGGGAUAAGGCUCUCACCUCCAUUGGGCUUUAUCUUGCUAAGUGGAUGAAGAUGGUGAGAAGGGAAAAGGCUGUCUAUGACACAUUAAAUAUGCUAAAUUUUGAUGUCACAAAGAAGUGUUUGGUUGGUGAGGGUUGGUGUCCUAUAUUUGCAAAAACUAAGGUUCAAGAAGCUCUACAACGUGCAACAACUGAUAGUAACUCACAAGUGGGUGUAAUAUUUCAUGUAAUGGAUUCAAUUGAGCCUCCUCCAACAUAUUUCCAGACAGACGAUUUUACAAAUGCAUAUCAAGAAAUUGUUGAUGCUUAUGGUGUCGCUAAAUACCAGGAAGCAAAUCCUGCAGUUUAUACUAUUGUUACAUUUCCGUUUCUUUUCGCUGUAAUGUUUGGGGACUGGGGUCAUGGUAUAUGUUUACUAUUGGGAGCAUUAUAUCUUAUUGCCCAUGAGAAAAAGUUUGGUUCACAGAAACUUGGCAGCUUCAUGGAGAUGCUAUAUGGUGGCCGAUAUGUCCUCCUUUUGAUGUCCCUCUUUUCAAUUUAUUGUGGUUUGAUAUACAAUGAAUUCUUUUCCGUUCCUUUUCACAUAUUUGGAAGCUCUGCCUACCAAUGCCGAGAUGCCACAUGCAGUGAUUCUCGAUCAGUUGGUUUAAUCAAAUACCGAGAUGCAUAUCCAUUUGGUGUGGAUCCAAGUUGGCGUGGAAGUCGUUCCGAGCUGCCUUUCUUGAAUUCUCUCAAAAUGAAAAUGUCAAUUUUGUUUGGUAUUGUACAGAUGAAUCUAGGAAUUAUACUAAGUUAUUUAAAUGCCCGCUACUUCGGCAACUCACUUGACAUUAAGUAUCAGUUUGUGCCACAGAUAAUCUUCCUUAACAGCUUAUUUGGGUAUCUUUCCCUUCUCAUCAUUACGAAAUGGUGUACUGGUUCCCAAGCAGAUCUCUAUCAUGUGAUGAUUUACAUGUUCUUAAGUCCUUUUGAAGAUUUGGGUGAAAAUCAGCUCUUCUGGGGUCAGGGUGUACUUCAGGUUGUAUUACUGAUUUUAGCUAUUAUUGCUGUACCGUGGAUGCUCUUCCCCAAACCUUUUAUUUUAAAGAAACUUCACACUGAGAGAUUUCAAGGUCGGACGUACGGUAUUCUUGGUACCUCCGACAGUUAUGAUGAUGAGGUCCCUGAUUCCGUAAGACAACCACAACCCGAUGAGUUCAAUUUUAGUGAGGUCUUUGUGCAUCAAAUGAUACACGCCAUUGAAUUUGUACUUGGCUCAGUUUCAAAUACCGCAUCAUACCUCCGGCUAUGGGCUUUGAGCUUGGCCCAUUCAGAACUAUCGACUGUGUUCUACGAGAAAGUUCUCGUCCUUGCUUGGGGGUAUGACAAUCUUAUCAUCCGUUUGGUUGGCCUAGCAGUUUUUGCUUUUGCCACAGCUUUUAUACUUCUAAUGAUGGAGACCCUCAGCGCUUUCCUGCAUGCUCUGCGUCUCCAUUGGGUGGAAUUUCAGAACAAAUUCUACAGUGGCGACGGCUACAAAUUCGUGCCGUUUUCUUUUGCUGCUUUAAAUGAAGAAGAAGAUUAGAACACCUUUUUUCUUGGCGUGCUCUUCGGUUUUUAAUUUCUUUUGUCAGGAAAUAGCCAGGGGAAAUGAAGUUUUUCCGAACUAGCAAAGCAAUGGAGUAUAGAUUAUAGAAUUAAAGCUUAUUUUGAGCUGUAAAAUGAUACGAAUUACGGAUUACAGAUUACGGAUUUAUGGGAGUUGCAAUUGUAAAUCUUGGCUCAAGAUUGUUUAGAUGCAAUUGACCGGUUUUAUGUGGAGGGCGUUUGAGUAAUUUUCUCUGAAAAAAUGAAAGAAGGGAUUAGUGUUCAAUUGUUGUAAAGAGGGAUGUGUUCUGACUAAUGUAUCUUACCAUACAGGUUCGUGGGAUUGACAAUUAUAUUUUGUACUAUUUAUUUAGAGUUUUUCUUUUUUCGA